CUUUUACUAUCAACAGGCGCAGAAUUCCAGAGAGGAAGUGGCUGAGAUUUUGGAAAAGCAAACUCCACGUAACUGACGUGUGUAGUAGCAAGGGGUGAAAACGACAACAAAAAAAGAGAGACGACUUAUUUCGGAUAUUCGUCAUUGCGAAGAAGAAGUAGUUUGGAGUAUGUACUAGCGGCGGGCCGGUGGCAGCAGAUGGAAGCGGCGAGAAGUUUGGCGUUUAUCGGGGCCGUGCUGCUUGGAGUGACGGGCACAUCGGGCAGGGAAGUGUGUCUGGGUACAGACAUGAAGUUCACCCUGCCCUCCAGCCAGGAGAAUCAUUAUGAGACAUUGAGGCUGCUUUACUCUGGAUGCCAGGUUGUCCAUGGCAACCUGGAAAUUACACACCUCCACGGACAGCCUGACCUCUCCUUCUUACAGGGGAUUGUUGAGGUACAAGGCUAUGUGCUUGUAGCACACGUGUCAGUGAGUGUGGUGCCUUUGGACAACCUUCGAAUCAUCCGAGGCAGCCAGCUGUACAACUCCAGCUACGCUCUGGCUGUACUGCAUAACACCCGUGGGGGAAAUGGUCUCAGGACGCUGCGCCUCCGUAGCCUCACAGAGAUCUUGUUGGGUGGGGUGUAUAUCUGGGGGAAUCCUCAGCUGUGCUUUCCGGACCCGCAGGGUAUCGUUUGGAGGGACACCUUAGACAAACAGAACACACACGCCAGUCAGCUUCAGCUGCAGCCCCGGGCACGUACAUGUCCAAAUUGUUCCUCUGUAUGUGGAAAUAGCUGUUGGGGAGAAACGGCACAGGACUGCCAAAGCUUCACCCAUAUUCCCUGUGCUUCGGGCUGUCUGCGCUGCAAAGGCCCCCACCCUAACGACUGCUGCCACAUGCAGUGUGCUGCCGGAUGCACGGGACCAAAGGACUCAGACUGUCUGGCAUGCCGUCAUUUCAAUGACAGUGCCGUUUGUAGAGAAAACUGUCCACCACCCUCUUUCUAUGACCCUGUAUCCUUCCAGUCCAAGCCGAACAAAAACAAGAAGUUCAAUUUUGGAGCCACGUGUGUCAAGACCUGUCCUCAUAACUAUUUGGCUAUGGAGGUGGCCUGUACUAUGGUUUGUCCAAAAGCCAACCAGGAAGUUAUCAUCACCAUGCCCGAUGGAACGGAGACACAGAAAUGUGAAAAGUGUGAGGGUGAAUGUCCCAAAGUGUGUUACGGUCUCGGAAUGGGCAACCUCCAAGGCGUCACCAUGGUAACGUCUUCUAACGUGGAGCAGUUCAACACUUGUAAGAAGAUCUUUGGUAGUCUGGCUUUCCUCCCUCAGAGUUUUGAGAGGGAUCCCGUCACCAACAGUUCAGGACUGACUAUGGAGCAGCUGAGCGCCUUUAAGAAUCUGGAGGAAAUCACAGGUUACUUGUACAUUGACGCAUGGCCUGAUACAUGGACUAACCUAAAUGUAUUUGAGAACCUGAAGGUGAUCCGAGGCAGGCUGCUAUACAAGGGCGUGUUUUCACUGGCCAUCCAGAACCUACACAUCCAGUCUCUUGGGCUACUUUCGUUACGCAGCGUCAGUGGCGGUUUGGUUCUUUUGCAUAACAAUUCCCAGUUAUGCUACACCAGUUCACUGCCCUGGGAGAGUCUUCUCCAUCCCAGCCAAGGACCACAAUGCAUCAUUCACAACAACAAGAAUGCUGAACUUUGUGAGGCUGAGGGACAUGUUUGUCACCACUUAUGUGACGGCGGAUGUUGGGGCCCUGGGCCCACCCAGUGUGUGUCCUGCAAGACUUUCCGUCGUGGGACUGAGUGUGUAGAUCAUUGUGAUGUCUAUCAGGGUGCUGUCCGUGAAUACGCAACUGGGUCUCAGUGUGUUGCCUGUCACCCAGAAUGUCUACAUGUCAAUGGUUCUGCUUCCUGUCAUGGUCCGGCUGCAGACCAGUGCACAGAGUGCCUGAACUACCAUGAUGGUGAGUUUUGUGUCGAUCAUUGUCCCAGCGGUGUGAAGGAGGAUCAGCACACUGUGUGGAAGUACAGCAAUGCUACAGGACACUGUCUGCCCUGCAACACCAACUGCACACUCUCCUGCACUCAGAUGGAUGAUAGAGGCUGCCCCAUUGAUAUCAAGACAGGCUUGGGCAUAUCCAUCGCAGUAGCAGUGGGUGGAGUGUUACUUUUCUUCAUCCUGCUGGCUGUGCUGAUCUUCUACUUGAGGAGGAAGAACAAGUUAAAGAGAAAGGAGACGCUGAGGAGGCUGCUGCAGGAGCACGAGCUGGUGGAGCCUUUAACGCCCAGCGGCGCCUCGCCCAAUCAGGCCCAAAUGCGUAUCCUGAAGGAGACAGAGUUGAAGAAACUCCGGGUGUUGGGUGCAGGUGCCUUUGGCACUGUUUACAAGGGAAUCUGGUUUCCGGAUGGCGAAAAUGUGAAAAUACCAGUGGCCAUUAAGGUUUUACGUGAAAACACUUCGCCCAAGGCCAAUAAAGAGAUCCUUGACGAGGCAUAUGUGAUGGCAGGUGUCGCCAGCCCUUAUGUGUGUCGUCUUUUGGGGAUUUGCCUCACAUCCACGGUGCAGCUCGUCACUCAGCUUAUGCCGUACGGUUGCCUUCUUGACUACGUCAGAGAGAACAAGGGCCGCAUCGGCUCCCAGUACCUCCUUAACUGGUGUGUCCAGAUCGCCAAGGGGAUGAGUUAUCUUGAGGAGGUACGACUGGUCCACAGGGAUCUGGCUGCCAGAAAUGUCCUGGUGAAGAAUCCAAACCAUGUGAAGAUUACAGACUUUGGUUUGGCCCGUUUGCUGGAUAUAGAUGAGACUGAAUAUCACGCAGAUGGAGGGAAGGUGCCUAUCAAAUGGAUGGCUCUGGAGUCUAUCCUCCACAGAAAGUUCACUCAUCAGAGCGACGUCUGGAGCUAUGGUGUGACUGUGUGGGAGCUCAUGACGUUUGGUGCCAAGCCGUAUGAUAUGAUCCCAGCUCGGGAUAUCCCAAGCGUUCUGGAGGGAGGCGAGCGACUUCCCCAGCCACUCAUCUGCACCAUCGACGUCUACAUGAUCAUGGUCAAAUGUUGGAUGAUUGAUCCAGACAGCAGGCCGAGGUUUAAAGAGUUGGUAAAUGACUUCAGCGCCAUGGCGAGAGAUCCACCUCGAUACGUUGUUAUUCAGAAUGACGAGCAGGUGAGCAUGACCAUCCCAGUGGACAGCCAGUUUUUCAGGAUGCUGCUGGAGGAGGAUGGAAACAAUAUGAGGGACCUGCUGGAUGCUGAGGAGUAUCUGGUGCCGCAGCCAAACAUCUUCCCUAAGCCUCCGGGAGACGGAGUUCAAUCCAACGGGCCUUCAAGACUCCAGUCAUACAGGAGUAGAGAGCAGGGCUUAGACUCUGAGGUCUCUGUUGCCAGUGGCCCGCACACCAUGUACUCCUCCGUCAGCACUCUCGGCCGCAGCCAGUAUCCGACCUUACCUUUAGGAGCGAGCACGUCCAAUGGCCUGUGGACUCCUCAGUACAGCACACUGACUCGCAGCCCUUCAGCAGAGGGCCAGUCUGACUCGGUUUUCCUGGACGGUUCUCAAGACGAUCCUUCGCUGCCUCCAGCCAGCCCCGGGCGCUACUCCAGAGACCCCACCGACCAGGGUGACCUGGAGACGGACGGCCCAACCAUCUUUAAUCAGCCUCAUCACCUUUAUCGCUCGGUGUCCAGACAAAGUCAAGGGUACAAUCAUAAUCACGCCUUGCCAGAGUAUGUCAACCAGGAGGUACAGGAUCUCAGGCCGACGUGCCCAGAGCGACCCACGACGCUGCCUCGUAAAGUCUCAAAAGCUGAGCGACGGUACCCUAACGGGCUGACCUCUGGACACAGUGUGGAGAACCCUGGCUACUUGGUCCCCAUAAGCUCUGAGAACUCCACGUCACCUGCCUUUGACAACCCAUAUUACCUGGACUUGGUGGCCAAAGCUGUAGCUGGAGCUGCAGAUGGUGCAGGGGGAUUGGAGCCGGACAGAGGUGCACCCAGGCAGCUAAACGGAUUUGUGACCCCUACUGCAGAGAACCCAGAGUACCUGGGCCUAGCGGACACAUGGAGCGGGUACACCUGAGGUGAUGCCAAAAUGAACGUGCACAUGACAAAAUGUGGUGCCUCUGAAACGUGCAUACAUACCCGUAUGCUCGGCCAAUACGGAACCGAAUAGAGGGCUCGUUUCAAAACUCGUUCACGGUGUCUGACAAAAGUCUCCAAAUUACCCAGUUCUGACUCAACAGUGUAGCAUUACUUUGAUCUCGACGUACCUCCAUCAUAUCAUUUAUAAUCCUGUUUCCUUUCAGCUCUGUGUGCCAUUUUAUUUUUUUGUGUGUGUGUGUGUGUGUGUGAGAGAGAGAGAGAGACCAUUAACAUGGUCAAAAUGAGUUUACGCAGCUUUUGUAAAUAAUUCAAUACUUGAUAAUGCAACAUGUCGAAAUUCCAUCAUGGUACAAGAAGGGGAGUCGAGGUUUCUCAGUUUGUAUAGAGAGUGCUGUUUUUAAUGUUUAUUUUAUUGUUUUCUUAUGUGAAACAUUUAUUUCUCCUAAAUUUGUACUCCCUCCCACAGCCUGCCCACUCAGACUGAGGAAAAAUGUACAUAAGCGUGUGGGCAAACGUGAGCCGUGAUAAUCGCUGAGGAACCAGUUUGGUAUUCUCGUCAGAUGGUUUCGGCCCUGAUGGGGGUCUUCAGCACGCAGAAAGGGAUUUUGUUUUGGCCGAGAGAAGGCCCUUUAGUCCAUCUGGCCAGUAGACAGGCUCCAUGAAAGAAAGGCGUCCUGUGUGUAGAAGACAGAGGCUUUGUGCUGCACUGAUCUAUGUGGAUACUAUGUGCUGAGGCAGAUGAUCAGCACUCAACUACAAAGCCUGUUUUUUAUCUUACACAUUUUUUUGAUUGUGGUUAUUAAGGCACUGGAAUUGUGUUCAAACACUGCAGGUAUUUCUUUAUGGUGGCUGUGUAGUUUUGCAAAAGAAUGGGAG